UGCAAGCUACUACAGCCACUAUACUUCUCACGACAGCCUCACACGGCAUCACCUCUCAGCUUUUGAUCCUUUCUAGCUAGUCACGCCCAAAGGCGGAAAACAGAGUCGCCAGGAUGACUUCGGUUGAGCGCUCUCCGCCCACGCAUAGCCCGCCAGGGCCGGAUGCCAAACGCCCUCGGGGCAUUCUCAAGAACCCUUCCUACAAUACCCCGCCAUCGCCCCUACAGCUGCGCGAACGCUCCUCGUCAAGCAAAGAAGUGACGCUCGCCAACACGCAGCUCAACGCCGGCCACCGCCGAUCAUCCUCCGGAGCAGGCUCCCGCCGCCACUCGUCGACCAGCGUCACGGACCCUUCGGAGCCGGGCCAGCGCCUCAAGUGGGAUGAGGCGAACCUCUACCUGACGGAGCAGGAGCGGACGUCGACUAUGAAAAUCACCGAACCAAAGACCCCCUAUGCGAAGCACUACGACCCGGCGGAAGACCCCUCCGACGACGACGAAGACGUCGACGGGGGUGAGGGCGCGGGCGGCGUGGACGGGGCUGCUGCUGCUCGCAAGGCUCACCGUCGUGGUGCUGAGGACGACAUUCCGGGCCUAUCGCUGGGCGAGCCGGAGGAGGAAAUCCCGGAGAGGCCGGCGCCGGCGUCGCGCAGCUCCAGCGAGAAGACGGUCCAUGUGGACAAGGGCAGCGUCACCCCCUCGGCGGAGGAGGAGAUCGUGGGGCUCUCGGCGGAAGAAAGGGAGAAGCACCGCAAGUUUGAGGAGAUGAGGAAGAAGCAUUACGAGAUGAAGAGCGUGGCGCACAUUCUGGGCCAUCCCGAGGCGAUACCCGAUGACGAGGACGAGGAGGAUGAGGACGAAGACGAGGAGAAUGGGGAGAAUGGGGUUCCACCUAUGCCACCUUUGCCUGCGCAUCUUGUGAAUGGGUCAGCAUAGCCGAAAGGGCGGAUAUUAUGCUAUGCAGCCGUUCGUUUCGUCUACUUAUUUUUCUCUCCCUCAGCAAUGGAGGGAUUUGCGUCAUUCUUUCUGGAGUUGGGGUUACAACAUCAGGCGUUGUUGGGUGCGGGAACGUAGGGAACCAAGUGGCGCGCAUGCGCAAAUUGACGAUGGGGGUGGUGAAGCGUGGUAUGGGCCUCGUGUCCGCUUAGCAGCACGAUUAAGAGGGACGAAGAUGGCGGUGGAUGUUAUCUAGGCAU